AUGCCGGGUGUUCCGUCUGGCAAGGGCUGCGAUGCCUGCAGGAAGCAGAAGAAAAAGUGCGACCAGGCAAAGCCCGCAUGUGCGAGAUGUGCGAGGCUCAACAUCCCCUGCAUCGGCUCGGGAAAGCAGCGAUACAAGUUCAAGGUCCAGACGCUGGAGAUCGGCUCAGACAGUGGAAGCCCACAGAUCGUCGACACGGACGAGGACACGUCCAGUAGCAGCUCCCAGAGUUCUUCGUCCCCUUUGAGCUUCCAGGCUCUGGUGCGGACGCCUAGCAGCCCGACAAACACCAUUACCAACACCCUGAUAUCACGCCUGGAGAUCACCGACCUUCGGUACGACAUUACCUGCUACGGAGACUUUCUACGUCACAUCCCCGCUCGCCUUGGUCGUAACGAGGCCCUGGACACGUCUGCAGAUGCCUUGGCCACCACGUUUUCCACCCUCCACAAACCACAGGGCCACCAGUCGGUAGACGCCCUUACAAAGUAUGUGCGCGCACUCAAGUCCCUACGAGUGGUCCUUAGCGACCCCCGCAAGGCCCGAACCCCAGAGACCAUGUGCGCCGUCUACCUCAUCAUGAUCUGCCAGGGCUGGCUCGGCAGAGAAGAUGAUCAGCACACGAGCCAUGGAGAAGGCUUGGCAUAUCUCCUUCGGGCUGCGGCUCAAGAGAAUUGGAAGGCCGGUUUCGAGACGGAGAUGGUCCUAACAUUUUGUGUGCCAGUGAUCAUAGAAAGCAUCACAAACCCCAAAGUUAGACUAGACAAGUGGUUCUGGGACAUGCUCGACAACUUUCGAAGAUCCAACCCCCCGACGAGCACCGCAGAAGGCGCCCAAGCACGAAACGUCAGAGAAAACUCGGGAGGAAUACCAAGUCUCCGCAUGCGCAAUCUCGGCAUGAUCCCAGACUUUAUAAACCAGCCGGAGCUGCACCGGAUGGAGAUAACAUGCGCCUAUCACCGGCUGCGCCUGGACAUGGAAAAGAUGUCGCACAUCGUUCAGGCUGUUAGCUUGCCUCCUGGGUCCUCGCCGACGGUUAUGCAGCUACGACUUUCACGAUCUUAUUACUCGGCGUACUCGGUUUUACUUUGCAUCAUCAUUAUAAUCAACCACCUCAUGCAAGCAUUUGACCCAUACAGCUUAUCCCUGGUUUCAGAGGGGGCUCUGUUCUGUAGUGAGGUCAUCACCAUGGCCCACAACAUCAGCCAAUACCGACCACUCGGAGCAAGCCACGUGCCGUUGACUCUGGCAAUUGCAUGGGCAGCGACAGAUGAGCCCGUCAUGAAGGGGCAGCUAGAAGCACUACUCUCCGAGUACCAGGAGGACUGGACGGUGACCAAGUGGCUGACGAUGGGAUACUGGUGGAGGAGUAAGUUUGCAGAGCUCCGUGAGCGAUUGGCACCAAGGAUCCAAUCUCAGGAGCAGGAGCUGGCGUUGAUCAAGGAAGGUGAAGCGGCACAUAAUCCUGAACAGGCUCCAGAGCAGUGCUGCGUUCAAUAA